CAGCACUCAAGCGCCCGUCUUACCCAGCACGAAGCACCAAAUUUCCCUACGAUUCCUCUCGCUGCAUCCAACCUCCACGACAUGGCCCCAAUGUCUACCGCAGAGUGAGGGCCUGCAGACGUCAGGACAACCGCCGUCGCACCGCCAAUUCGGCCUCGAGUCUGCUGACCAGGCGUGCAUCGCAUCGCGGAGCCGCCAACCCUCCCACGACGUCACCCGAUCACUGCAGUGCUCCACCAUGAGUAUGCAACAAGAACAAGAACGCCCGCCACCGCCGGCCUACACUCAGCACGACCCCGAGUCACUGCGGUUGCCCUCAGUCCCGACUCACAGCCUGCUGCCUCCCCAGAGCAAUGACCGACACCUCCCGGGCAUAAGAUCGCUCGACCUCCCCGAUGCCGGCGCAGCUCGACCACACCCCUCGCACCUCCCGGCAAUUGAACUCGGUCCAAAGAGCAAUGCAGAGGCGCUGCAAUGGGGGAGCCUGCCACCCUUGAGCAGCGCGACUUUUCCCAAGGUGCCUGAGGGUCUGCCCCGCAGUAGCACGGACAUGGACGUCGGAAGUCCGAUGGACACCGCAAGCGUCGAAGAUCCAGAUGUGAGGUUGGCGGCGGAGGCAUUGUCGGGGCUGGGGAAUCUCGACUUUGCGCGCUCCCCUACAGCGCGCUCCCUCACGCUCCCCCGCGAGCCCCCUGCCGAGCCCGAGCCCCUCCUCUCCCUCAUAACAACCAACCACCCCUGGCUCGGCGGCACCAUCAAUGGCUCUAUAUCUGCGUACAAUGCCACGAAAGGCUACUCGCCCCGCUUCGUGAAAUAUGGCGCCGAGCUCAUCGAGCGAAACAUCGGCUCCCCCGUCGUCAACACCGUCUCGUCCGUGGGCCGGAGGACGGGUGUGGAGAAGAAUCUAAGAAGAUAUCUCGGGGAAGUGCACAGGCGGCCGAGCGACCUGGAGCAGGGUGACGCCGACGCCGCACACAAGAGACGGCGGGUCAUGACAUCUGGGGAUAGCGUAGAUGCCAUGGACAUCGAAGACUCCAUUGCGUCGUCCCGGACACGAGGUGGUUCUCAAUCCUCGUACGCUGAAUCUCUUCCCGCGUAUGACGACCAGCGCUCCCCGAACUACGAAGAAAGCGCCGUUGUCGUCGUCGAUCCGGCAGCUGGCAAAGAAACAGGGUCUCGACCCGAAAGCUCGCAAGACCGAAGGGUGAAUUGGUCAACGCAACUCAUCAUGACGACUUCAGGUCUCGGCGUCGCGCUCUCAGACGCCUCCCUCAAGAGCCUGAAACUCUGUCUAAGUUUGCUGCGUUCGGCAACCAAGCACAUCGACAACGUCAUGCACGCGCUCAAACUCGUCCUCGAGGAAUACGAAUCCGCACUCCGCAAUCGCCAGCAUUCAGGCCCAGACCCAGCUUCAUCCUCGUCGUCUGAUCCUUCGAAAAUGGAAAUGGAAAUCGACAUCAUAUCGCACUCUCAGGGCCUUGACCUGGAAAGCGAAAAAGAGGCCCGUGUCCGCGCCAUCGCAUCACGCAUGAAAUCCCUAUCCUCGGAUAUCUGGAACACCCUGCAAAAUGUCGUGCAAUCCGUGUCCCGGUACACGGGUGGUGCGCUCCCGCAAAACGCAUCGCAGGUUGUGCGAACCCAGCUGUUAUCUGUGCCGCAGAGAUGGCAGUUGGCAACAAGGACGACAGCGGGCGAGGGGGAAGGGGAGGUUAGGGGGGCGCAGAGGAUGUUGGCGUUUGCGAAGGAGGGGCUGGAUAUGAUGGGCCAAAUUACGGCGGUAGUGGAUGGAACGGUGAGGAGUGCGGAGGGGUGGCUGGGGAGGAUGGGAAGGGGGAACAGGGGAGAAAUGGAGGGGGAGGAGAAGAGUUUAUUGUUGGGCCUACAGGCGGGAGAGGGGAAGGAU